AUGGAAUCUUAUGAUGCGACAAGACUACACGAAUGUCUAACUUCAAUCAUCCAGAAAAUCGAUGAGGCUUUGGAAGAAUUGCGACAAAAACGUGACCUGGCAGCAUCAGCCGACACGGCUGUUCUAGACCCAUUGCUCGACAAUUCAAUUCAGAACAACAAUGUCAAUACAUUUUCAAUCGAUAAUGAUGAAACCGAAUUAUUGAACACAUUGACUAGCCGUAUUCAAAAUAUUUUAAGAGAUUCCUUAUCAGGAUUAUCGGAAUUAUGUUUACGUCAUAUACAAAAGCAUUUACAUCAGUAUCACUUCGAUCCUGACCAACACGUUUUUACCGAAGGACUCUCCGCUAAUAUUCUUUAUUCAUUUCAACAAGAUCUCAAUGGGCUAUUAUCAGCUGUAGAAGCCUAUCCAGCUGCAUUGAAAGGUGAUUCCAAGACAGUAGAAGACUUUCUCAAGAAAUAUCCAUUUUAUAAGGAUAAACCUGGCUUCUGGGGCACAACUCUUUUGUAUUCCGCUGCCAAGAGCGAUACUAUUCGUUUAGUUGAACGCCUAAUUGAAACAUUCAAUUGCUCUGUCAAUGCUCCUAAUGAAACUGAAAUGAAUUUUACUUUAGUCAAUGAGGAAAACAGCCAGACCCAUCUUUCGUAUAAUCUCGAUUCAAAAUUUGCAUCCACAGCUCUACAUGCUGCUUGUUAUAACAACAAUCUAGAUAUUGUAAAAUAUUUAAUCAGUAAAGGAGCAAAUUAUUUCGCUCGAAAUCAACUUGGCGAGACUCCUAUUCAAAACGGUGGAUCGCACAAAUCUAUCCAAGAUUUCUUCAAAGAUUAUCUUAUUACCACAUACACAAGUGACAUGCAUAUGUCUUUACCUACCGAUCCUGUUUUGAAUUGCUACGAUCGGAAACCAACGAAUUGCAUUUGGGAGUAUAAACCAGUACGAGAUUCUCAAUGGAAUGAAUUUACCAUCAGUGAGCAUAAUAUGUUAUGUGCUGUUUUGAUGUCCGGAACAAAUACUCUAACAUUUGAUUCAACAACUUAUUUAAAUUCUUCUCGAGGAACGUACACUGUUAAUUUUUUCACCUUUUUUCGUGGUGAAAAACACCAAGAGCCAAACCCAUCGGUUCAGGAAAGUUCAGCAUGGAUACGUUGUCGCGGUUCGAGUAUCGCAAACUUCGAUAUUUAUUGUGUUUGGCAAUUAAUGUUUGUUAAAUAUGAUGGAAUUUCUCCAUCGGAAACUAUCGAGACACCAUCAUUAGACUCGAAGACAUUCCCAAGUGUUUACGAUAGUAAAUUUCAGAUUCGAUUAAACUGCUGGUAUACGUGUGAUUCGAAAAGAAAUGCUCUGUUGGAUGAAGCUAUGAACUAUCGACGACGCNGUUCGAGUAUCGCAAACUUCGAUAUUUAUUGUGUUUGGCAAUUAAUGUUUGUUAAAUAUGAUGGAAUUUCUCCAUCGGAAACUAUCGAGACACCAUCAUUAGACUCGAAGACAUUCCCAAGUGUUUAUGAUAGUAAAUUUCAGAUUCGAUUAAACUCCUGGUAUACGUGUGAUUCGAAAAGAAAUGCUCUGUUGGAUGAAGCUAUGAACUAUCGACGACGCUACCUGGAAUUGAAUUGUAAUUUUGAUGUGGAUCAUGACAACAAUCGUAUUGUUAAAUGCAAUCUGUAUGAAUUUCAAUUCAGUAACGACAAUAAAACCAUCGUUGGUUUUCUCCGUUGGAUACCGAAAUUAAUUGCGAAUACAUCGAAUAGCCAGGAGACGAUUAAAGUUCUGGAUAAUUUCAAAAUGAUUUACAAUUUCAAUCCAAUACCUUUAACAACAAAACGAUUGAGAAAAUCGACUAAGACAACCAUCGAUAAUGAAAGUACCGAAUCGGAAGUUUCCGAUGGCAACGGGAUGAUUGAUGAUUAUGAUGAUGAUAAGACAAAAACCUCAGAUGAAAAUGUCGGUACUUGGAGUUUGAGCGAUAUUUUAGAGAAAGAUCCACCAUCCACAGUUGAGCAGAUUGACUUACAACCAAUCGAACCCGCAAACGAUCCAGUGGGAGACGUUGAAGUUCGUGAGAUACCUUCGACAAAUAAUAGUGAAGAACAGAAGGCAAAAUUUACUUUAGAACUUGAAAAUAAACAAUUGCAGGAGAAAAUCAGCUCUCUGAAAACUGAAAUAGUUGCACAAGUGGAUGACUCCAAUACUCAAACUUCCAAUGUAUUACUUUCAACGAUGAUCGAAUUCGAUCGUUUACAAAAUGAAAUGAGCACAAUAAAAGCGCAUGAAAAGUCAAUUAGAACAACUUCACAAGAGAUCUCAACGAAAUCGUAUGCGUUACCCAAAUCGAAUUUAUCGAUACUUUCGAAAUUCAAAUUGAUCUUCAACACCUUGAAACAAAUCGACUAUCCUAUGAAAACUUACUUUCAAGAUAGUGUACCAUCGAUGGAAUUGGAUGAGCAAUAUGAAGACCAGAUUCUUCUCCGAGGCUUUCAAGUUCACCACAAAGCAUUGGAAAACAUUUUUGAAAAGAUUCGACUUCUUACCCAACAAAUUCAUUCCGCGGAAAAAGAUUUCAACCAACAGCUCAAUCGAAAUGUUCAAACUGUUCUCCAAACGGUUCAACAGGUACACCUCGAGAAGAUGAUCUAUUGGAAAUCUUAUCAAAGUUCAUUCGUGAAACAUACCAAUCACAGCUAUGAUGAUAAUAUCAAGAAUUUUUCCAAAUAUCUGCAUGAAAAAUUGAGAUCAUUCUUGGAUAUUUGUAUUCAGGAUCUAUCACAUGAUUUUAAAACUGACAUAUUUCAUUUAACAAAUAAUUAUUCGAAAGAUACAGCAUUCACGGAUGACAUGGAGAAAAUCAAACUAUGUGCUUUUGGCGAUUUUAUUCGGGAACAUAUUUUUCUACAGCAAAAAUCAACAAAAACUAUUCCAAACAAAGACGCCGUUUCCAGCCUGAAUAAACAUAUUGGAAAAGUUCAAAAUAUCCUGAAAACAGACACGAAAUACAAAGGAUGUGAGCUGAAACAUUUCUACAUGGUCAAUUCGUUAUUACAACGAUUGAUGAUCUUGUAUCAUUGUUUUCUUGUACAAUUACCUUUGUUCAAUGCCUCAUUCGGUCUUUUGAGUGAUAUCGAAACGAAUACAAUCAUUACCGUUUCGACAGCAACCNUACACUGUUAA